AUGCCACUGGCAAGAUCCCUGUCCAUGACAUCUCUGAAUGGGCUUCUUCAGUGUGAGGAUGAAGACCUGCCCAUGGAGGAUUUGUUGCUCUUCGAAAUUUCUUGGGAAGUUACCAACAAAGUAGGAGGCAUUUACACUGUGAUCCAGACAAAAUCCAAAACUACAGCAGAUGAAUGGGGUGAAAACUAUUUCCUGAUUGGCCCCUAUUUUGAGCAGAAUGUGAAGACUCAGGUGGAAUUCUCUGAACCUCCAAACCCUGCAGUUAAGAAGGCAAUGGACACCAUGAAAAGCCAUGGGUGUCAGGUCUUUUUUGGAAGAUGGCUGAUAGAGGGCAGCCCUUAUGUCUUACUGUUUGAUAUAGGAUCAGCAGCUUGGAACCUGGACAAGUGGAAAAGUGAAUUUUGGGAAGUCAGCAACAUAGGGAUCCCUUUUCAUGACCGAGAAGCCAACGAUGCUGUGAUUUUUGGAUCAUUAACAGCCUGGUUUUUGAAAGAGCUUUCCUGUCAGUUUGAUGACAAGCCAAAUAUAAUUGCCCACUUCCACGAGUGGCAGGCAGGAGUGGGUUUAAUCCUGUCUCGAUCACAAAAACUUCCCGUUGCCACAAUUUUUACUACCCAUGCGACUCUGCUUGGGAGAUACUUGUGUGCAGCCAGUAUUGACUUUUAUAACAAUCUGGACCAGUUUGACAUUGACAAGGAGGCUGGAGAGAGGCAGAUUUACCAUCGGUACUGUAUGGAGCGGGCAUCUGUGCAUUGUGCCCAUGUGUUCACCACAGUCUCCCAGAUCACAGCCACAGAAGCAGAACAUAUGCUUAAAAAAAGCCCUGAUGUUGUCACCCCAAAUGGCUUGAACAUUAAGAAAUUUUCAGCAAUGCAUGAGUUUCAGAAUUUGCAUUCCAUGUACAAGGCUAGGAUCCAAGAGUUCAUUCGAGGUCAUUUCUAUGGCCACCUUGACUUCGAUCUUGACAAGACCUUGUUUUUCUUCAUUGCUGGGAGAUAUGAGUUUUCCAACAAAGGAGCUGAUAUGUUUCUAGAAGCCUUAUCAAGAUUAAACUUUUUGCUGAGGGUUCACAAGACUGAUGUUACAGUUAUCGUGUUCUUCAUCAUGCCAGCAAAAACCAACAAUUUCAACGUGGAAACCUUGAAAGGACAAGCAGUCCGGAAGCAGCUCUGGGACACUGCACAAUCUGUGAAAGAAAAGUUUGGAAGGAAACUCUACAAUGCCUUGCUGAAAGGAGAAAUCCCAGACCUGAACAAGAUUCUUGACCGAGAUGACAUAAGCAUUAUGAAAAGAGCCAUCUUUUCAACUCAGAGACACUCUUUGCCUCCAGUGACCACCCACAACAUGAUUGAUGACAGCAAUGACCCAAUCCUCAACACCAUCCGGCGCAUUGGGCUGUUCAACAACCGCACAGACCGUGUGAAGGUGAUCCUACAUCCAGAGUUUCUUUCUUCAACAAGCCCCUUGCUGCCCUUGGACUAUGAGGAGUUUGUUAGAGGCUGCCACCUUGGUGUAUUCCCAUCAUACUAUGAGCCCUGGGGCUACACUCCAGCUGAGUGUACUGUGAUGGGCAUUCCCAGUGUAACCACAAACCUCUCUGGAUUCGGCUGUUUCAUGCAGGAACAUGUUGCUGACCCAGAAGCUUAUGGGAUCUACAUUGUGGAUAGGAGGUUCCGCUCACCAGACGAGUCGUGCAACCAGCUGACCCAGUUCCUGUAUGGGUUCUGCCAGCAGAACCGGCGCCAGAGGAUCAUCCAGAGGAACCGCACUGAGCGCCUCUCAGACCUCCUGGACUGGAAGUACUUGGGCAGGUAUUAUAUGCAUGCCAGACACUUGGCCCUCAGCAGAACAUUCCCAGAUAAAUUUGAGAUGGAACCAAGUGCUCCACCAAAGACGGAAGGUUUCAGGUUUCCCAGGCCUUCAUCGGUGCCGCCAUCGCCCUCUGCCUCCCAGCAUUCCAGCCCUCACCACAGUGAAGCUGAGGAUGAAGAUGAGGAUGAGAGAUACGACGAGGAUGAGGAAGCUGAAAGGGAUAGGCAGAACAUCAAGUCCCCCUUUUCCACUGGAGCCUUGCCACAAGGAAAAAAGAAGCAGCAUGGAGAAUACAGGAACUGAACUUGUUGCUCUCACCCUGGCAUUGCUCCCCAUCCACUCAAGAGUUUCUCCUGUAGGCUUGGCAAGC